AUGGAGAAUAGGACAGAGGUGACAUGUUUCAUCCUGCUGGGACUGACCGGUGACCCAGAUCUACAGGUUCCCCUCUUUAUCACCUUCCUCCUCAUCUACAUCAUCACCCUGGUUGGGAACCUGGGGAUGAUCCUGUUGAUUCUCUUGGACUCUCGGCUCCACACUCCCAUGUACAUUUUCCUUGGUAACUUGUCUCUGGUGGAUUUUUGUUAUUCUUCAGCUGUCACUCCAAAGGUCAUGGCCGGACUCCUUAUGGGAGACAAAAUCAUAUCUUACAAUACUUGUGCUGUUCAGAUGUUCUUUUUUGCAGCCUUUAUUACGGUGGAAAAUUACCUCUUGGCCUCAAUGGCCUAUGACCGCUAUGCAGCAGUGUGUAAGCCCCUGCAUUACACCACCACCAUGACCACAAGUGUGUGUAUGUGUCUGGUCAUAGGAUCUUAUGCUAUUGGUUUUCUGAAUGCCUCCAUCCACAUUGGAGACACAUUCAGUCUCUCCUUCUGUAAGUCUAAUGUGGUCCAUCACUUUUUCUGUGAUAUUCCAGCAGUCAUGGUUCUCUCUUGCUCUGAUAGUCAGGUGAGUGAGCUGGUUCUUGUUUAUGUAGUUAGCUUUAAUAUCUUUUCUGCUCUCCUGGUUAUCUGGAUAUCCUAUAUAUUCAUCUUUAUCACCAUGCUAAGGAUUCAUUCAACCUCAGGACAUCAGAAGGCUGUAUCAACCUGUGCCUCCCACUUCACAGCAGUUUCCAUUUUCUAUGGGACUAGUAUCUUUAUGUAUGUGCAGCCCAGCUCCAGUCAUUCCAUGGACACAGACAAAAUCUCAUCUGUGUUCUACACUAUGAUCAUUCCCAUGCUGAACCCUGUGGUCUACAGCCUGAGGAACAAGGAGGUCAAGAGGUCAUUCAUGAAGAUUGUAGUUGAGGCAAAAUUAUCUUUAUGA